AAUUCAUCAUGUCGGUGACGUUGUACGUGAAGAACGAGGCGUAUUCUGUGCCGCUGGAGUUUGACGUGCAUGAAAGCAUUGCCGCUGUGAAGGCGUCAUACCAAAAGAGCGGGAAGGUACAGGGUCGUGCGGACUACAUUGUGCUGCUGCACAAAGGCAAGGAAUUGCAAGACGAGAAGUCGAUUGCCGAACAUGGCAUUUCGGAUGGCGCUGUACUCGUGCACAUUGAAACCCUCCACGAACCAUUCCACGGUGUCAACUAUGCACAUCUCGCGGAUGCGAUCAAGCAGCGCCGGUUGCAUGAACAUUCGAACCUCCGCAUGAUGCAACAAGACAACAUUUGGGCGGCGGGAGAAGACGGGACGGUCCAUCAACUGGGUUUUGAUCGGAGCAUUAUUUCGCGCAUGUCGGUGAAACCAAGCGCCCCGCCGCCACCGAAAGCCAGCGGUCGCACCUUUUUCAACCAACUGUCUGUCCUUGUCAAUGGCUGCAGCUACCACGUCCUUCCAAGCAUGGAAGGGCGUUGGAACGGCGAGUUGACUUCGAUCCCCCCGCACGAAGAAGGCACGCAAGUGUGUUCGUCGGAACUGGCGUAUCGCGAAGAAGGUUCCUUCAUGUCUUUUGUGUUGAAGUCUCUGAUUGUCCUGUUAGGUGCGUGGCACUUGCGGCAAAUGCGCACGUCCAUCAGCGGACUCACCACGACACAAUACUGCUGGAUCAAACCUGCGGCCGAUGGCAUUCUCAAGGUGGAAACAGACGACCCGUCGUUGCGGGGGAGCGACAUUACGAUGCAGGAAGUGGGGCUUAACAUUUUGAUCAUCACAGCCACGUCCAAGCGCACAGGUAUAUUUUGUAAUCGUUAAAAAUACGAUAUAUAUAUAUAUAUAUUAGGAUACAUCUACGUGUUUCUAAAAUUAUUCCAUAUUUCUCGCUUGGUUGGGCGUAUUCUCAUACGAAGUGUGCACUAGGUCGACCUGUGAUGGUGGAGACGAUUACGUCGAUUGACAAUGCGCGGCGCCUCCGCACUGUCCAGGUACUAUCACAGAUUCUUCGAUAAAUAUAUAUAUAUCUAAAAUAAUAUAUAUGGUGAUAGCGUUUUGACGAGACGGGCGGAUUUCGGUCGGUGUACAUCAUGAACGAAAAGCGCGUGGUGGACGCCGUGUCUGGCGCGAUGGAGCGAUUUGAUGCGGCGACGAUGGGGUUUUAGUAACUACUAGUACUUCCGUUAGUAUUACUAGGGGACAAGUUGUUAUCAACAUGCGUGGACAUCUCGUAUACAAACGGCGCAUAUGCAGUUUGCAAGAAGCCAAGCGUACGGGCGUACUGCAUGGUCAUCUUGCGUUGAAUCUCAUUGAGUUGUAGGGUUCAAUUAGCAUUAUUGGGGCUCUUGUGUCGGAGCCCCCUUCGAAAGGAAUAUGUUGCUGGUUGUUCUAGUGAUAAAUUGGGGAUCUACGUCAGAGUAAGCUGUGCCAACCACCUGCGAAAACAAUAUGAGACACCGUAGGCUAUUAGAGGAAGGUGGAAAUAUGGGCGCGAUGAGAAAGAAGAAUACAUGUCGA